AUGUUUAAGACACAUAAAUUCACUCGACUUCAUUCAUUAUCUCUUCAUACGAGCAACAUCAACGACCUAAAUACCAUCUUACAUCAUGUUGCUAUGAAUUGUAUGUUAACAUCAUUUGCUAUCUACUCGGAUAUAUCAAAAGAUAGCGAUGAUACAUUACAACUUCUUUCUUUAAUUAUCGCACAACCUACUCUUGAAAAUAUUAUUCUGUAUUCUAAUCUUACCGAUAAAAAUAAACUAUCAUGGCCCGCUCAGUCAACGGUCAAGAAGCUGUCAAUGGAUAAUUGCAACCUCCAACAGUUCUGUUGUAUUCUCCAAAAUUCACCUGGUCUUCAUUCUUUGAUUAUGGAUAGUUGUCAUGUAAAUGGGAUAGAUGAAACCCUCUUAUUGAAUUCAUAUCAACAAGUAACAUCGUUGACAUUGAAUAAUAUGCAAAUGACGAUGGAUAAACUUGAAUUACUACUUUCGUUACUACCAUCUAUUAAUCAUCUCGAUCUAGCUAGUUCAGGUAGACCAUUCGAAUUUGUUCGACGAUUGUCUAAAUGGGAAGAAUUUAUUCGAUCAAAAUUACCAAGACUUUAUCAAUUUGAAUUCUGUAUCUUUUGUUAUUGCUCAAAUUGGGAGAACUUUGAUUUAUUCAUAGCCUCAUUUCGAACACCAUUUUGGCUUGAAGAGAAACGUUGGUUUGUGACAUGUCAAUUUCGUGAUGAUUGGACAACAAGCUUUACGCUGUUUACAACACCUGAGUCUUCAACAUUAUCUCAUCAAAAAGAGCAUUACUUUGAUAAGAUAACUUGUUCUAAUUCAAUUACAAGUGAACAUGAUCAAAGGGAAAUCAACUUUAAUCAUUGUGUUCAAUCUCGUCAUAUUAUUCUUCAUUGGAAGAAUUGCACUACCCCAAAUUGUUCUAUCUGUGGUUCAUUAAAAAAGCCAUCAGCACUUCGACCACAAAAUUCCAUACCGAAAGAAUGGCAACAACAAUUACAACCAGAUCAUCGAAAUCAUUUAGUUAAAAAAAUUGUUGCAGCAUUAUUAAAUACUGUUCAACAAGAUGGUCGUUCAUUACCACCGGAUCGUUUAGCUGCAGUGACAUCAUAUGCUCAACAAACAGAAGCUGAAACAUUUAAUACAGCUAUAAGUCAUGAAGAUUAUUUUCAUCGUUUAGCUGAACGUAUUUAUAAAAUUCAAAAAGAUUAUGAAGAAAAACAAAUGUCGAAAAAACAACAAAUUUUAACAACAACAUUAACAUCAAUUGAUAAAUCAGCUGGUGAACAAGGUCCACCGAAUCGUAUUGCACCACAAUCAGAUUAUCCUCCAACAUAUUUACCAUCAUCAUCAUCAACAACAACAACAACAACAACACAAAUUAAAUCAGAAAAUCAAACACCUAAUCCAAUCCAAUCAGUACCUUUUGAUACGCAUCGUACUUCAACUGAAAGUCUUAAUCGAAUGACUGUUCAUAGCAAUAAUCCAAAUAUGAAUUCACAUGUUGAUACAAAUGGAACUCAAAUAGAUAUAAAACAUAUUAAAACAGAACAAAUAUCACCAAAUCAAGAUACGAAAAUUCAAACAAUGACAAUUAUAAAAAAAGAAGAAACAAUAACAACAAGUGAAACAUCAAUGAAUGGAAAUAAUGUAACAACUACAACUGUAGAAUUAAUAAAAACAGAAAAAAUUGAUAUUGAAUCAACGAAAUCAAAUAGAUCGCCACCAAUAGAUUCAACAAGUAAAUCAUUAGCAAAAUGUCCAGCAGUUUUUUCACCUGAAGAUAUUCGAGAAAAAAUGGCACCUAUACUUCGUCAUAUGUUUGGUCAAGAAGAAGGUGGUUGGUUUCGUCAACCAGUUACAGAAACUAUUGCACCUGGAUAUUUUGAUAUAAUCAAAUAUCCAAUGGAUUUUUCAACAAUAUUUAAAAAAUUAGAUGAAAAUCAAUAUGCAACACCAUUUCAACUUUGUGAAGAUAUUUGGCUUGUUUUUAAUAAUGCAUGGACAUUUAAUAAAAGAUCACAAAGAGUUUAUAAAGCAGGUCUUAAACUUUCUGAUAUGUUUAUGGAAUUAGUUGAUCCUAUUAUGAAAGAAUAUGGUUAUUGUUGUGGACGUCAAUAUGUAUUUUUACCAUCAGCUAUGUUUUGUUAUGGUGUUUCUGGUAUGUGUUGUACAAUUCCACGUGAUGCUGAUUAUUUUGUUUAUAAUAAUCCGGAUUCAUCAAGAAAUAAUUUAUCCGGUGAUAAAUAUACAUUUUGUAAGAAAUGUUUUGAUUCAGUUAAAUCUGAAUAUAUAGUAGUUGGUGAUGAUCCAGCACAAACAUUAGUUGAAUUACCUAAAAUUGAAUUUCAUCAAGCUAAAAAUGAUCAUCAAGAACAGGAACCUAUGACCGAUUGUAUUGUUUGUUCAAGACGUUUUCAUAAUAUAUGUGUUCUUUAUCAUGAACAUAUAUGGCCUGAAGGUUAUGUUUGUAAAACAUGUGUUAAUCAAUAUAAUAUUAAACGAAAAGAAAAUCGUUAUUUAGCACAUAAAUUAACAAUGACUGAUUUAGCUAAUGCUUUAGAAAAACGUGUUAAUGAAUUUCUUAAAAAAGAUUGUGAUUCAGAUACAGGUCGUGUUACAAUUCGAGUUUUAGCUGCAAAUGAUCGAAUAUGUGAAGUUAAACCAAGAUUAAAAAAACAUUUUGGUUCACAAGUACCAGAUGGAUAUCCAUAUAGAACAAAAGCUAUAUUUGCAUUUCAAGAAAUUGAUGGUGUUGAUGUCGUUCUUUUUGGUAUGCAUGUACAAGAAUAUGAUAGUCGAUGUCCAGCACCUAAUACAAGACGUGUCUACAUAUCUUAUCUUGAUUCAGUACAUUAUUUUCGACCAAAACAAAAACGAACAGCACUUUAUUUUGAAAUUCUUAUUGGUUAUCUUGAAUAUGUUAAACAAUUAGGAUUUUCUUAUGCACAUAUUUGGGCAUGUCCACCAAGUGAAGGUGAUGAUUAUAUAUUUCAUUGUCAUCCUGUUGAACAACGUGUACCUAAACCAAAACGUUUACAAGAAUGGUAUAAAACAAUGUUAGAUAUAGCUGUUAAUCAACGAGUUGUUGUUGAUUAUAAAGACGUAAUGAAAGAUUGCAAUGAUAGUGGUGUGAAUAAAGCAACUGAUAUUCCAUAUUUUGAAGGAGAUUUUUGGUCAAGUACAAUUGAAGAUUUACUUAAAGAACUUGAUACAGAAGAAGAAGAUAGAAGAAAAUUUGAAGAACUUGAAGCUGUUAAAGCAUCUGAAGAUAGUUGUUUUGAUGAUCCUAUUGAACCUGAAGAACCAACAGAAAUUUCUGAGAAACGUAAAUCAGGUGGUGGAACAACACAUAAAAAGAAAAAUUUCAAAAAAACAGCAGGUCAACGUCGAAUAGCACGAAAAAAUAUGUCAAAUGGUACAGAUCUAAUAUCAAAAAUUUAUGCUAUGAUGGAAAAACAUAAAGAAUCAUUCUUUGUUGUUCGUCUACGUAAUCCAAUGUCAAAUCCAGCAACAUUAACCGAUACAGAUCCAUUAAUACAAUGUGAUUUAAUGGAAUCUCGUGAUGCAUUUUUAAGUUUUGCUCGUGAUAAACAUUGUGAAUUUUCUUCAUUACGUCGUGCAAAAUAUUCUACAAUGGCUUCAUUAAUUGAAUUACAUUCAUCAACAGCCGAUAAAAUAUCCUAUACAUGUAAUUCAUGUCGACAGUUAUGUGAUAUACGAUAUCAUUGUACUGUAUGUGAUGAUUAUGAUUUAUGUAGUAAAUGUUAUGCAACAGUUAAACAUGAACAUCGUAUGGAACGUACAGACGAUACAAGUGAAACACCAACUAGUUCAGAUACACCAUUAAAUAUUCAACAACAAAGACAAAUAACUAUGCAAAGAAUGUUAGAUGCUAUACGUCAUGCUGUACAAUGUCGUAAUGCAAAUUGUAUAUUUAAAAAUUGUGCACCAUGUCAAAGAUUACUUCAACAUGCUAAAGAAUGUACUAAAGCAUCAAGAAAUCAAUGUCCACUUUGUAAUAAACUUUUAUCACCAAUAUGGUUUCAUGCUAAAACAUGUACUGAUCAAAACUGUCCAUUACCUUAUUGUACAAGUUUUAAACAUAAACUUCAACGACAACGUGCAGCAACUAUGCAAGCCGAUCGACGACGUAUAACAGCUAUGCAUCGAGCAAAAAUGGCACCAGGUCCAUCACCACUUGGUCAACAAAGUACAGAAUCAACACCUACACAGUAUCAUCCCUCGAUGGAAUCAGCUUCACCAAGUUCAUCAGGUAAAAUGAUGCCAUCAGGUGGUAAAGGUGGUAAGCCUGCAUCAAUGAGUGGAUUAGUACGUGCUAAUUUAUCUUCACAACCACCAUCUUCACAACAUCCAGCAUAUUAUAAUGGUGGUAAAGGUAAUCCAGCAGCUGGUGGAUAUCCAAUGAUGAUAACACAUCAUCAACAACAAUCACAACAAUGGAUAACACCACAACAACAACAACAUCGAUAUGCAACACAUGUAGCCGGCGGAGGAAAACCAAUGGUAUAUGCACAACAACAACGAAUGCCAUAUGGUGGAGAUCCAUACAUGAUGAGACAACAGACUCCACAAGUGCCAUCAUCUUCUUAUCCAUAUACAUCAAAUAUUGCUCCACCAGGAUAUUCACAUAGUCAGCCAAUGGACCCCAAUGCAUUGGCUGCAGCACGUGCUGGUAAACCAAUGUUACCACAACAACAACAACAACAGCAGCAACAACAGCAACAGCAACAAAUUCAGCAACAACAGCAACAAAUCCAACAACAACAACAACAAAUCCAACAACAACAACAAAUCCAACAACAACAACAACAAAUCCAACAACAACAACAAAUCCAACAACAACAACAAAUCCAACAACAACAGCAAAUCCAACAACAACAACAAGUACCUACUCGAUAUUCUCUUAAUUCAUAUUAUCCUCAUCCUUCACCAAUGUCAUAUCAACAGCAAUCACCGAUACCACAACCACCACAUCGAUCUCUUUCACAAGGUCCAACUCCUACUUAUUCAAUGCCAUCAACACCAGUACCGUCAAACGGUGCCGGUGGUAAACCAACUCUAAUUGAUUCAAUCGAAUCAAAACCUGAAGAUAUGAUAGAUGAUCCAUCAAAACAACAACAACAACAACAACAACAAAUGUUUCAUUCUCUUCUUCAAAAUCGUUCACGUCCACAAACACCCUCAUUCUAUCCUAAUAUGCCACCAACGAAUGCUCCGUACUAUCCUCCACAACGUUCAAUGACACCAACACCUGAGUAUAAUAUGGCAGCAGCAGCAGCAGCACGUGGUAUUCGACCGACAACUGCUAAUCCUUAUGGAACUCUACCAAUUCAACGAGUUCGAGCUCCACUUCCUUCACAAUUAUCAUCUUCAAUAAGUGAUCCUACAACGAGUAUGAAUACUAAUUCAAUGGGACUUCAAUCUACUCCACCUCCACCAUCUGUAACUCCUCGUUGA